UGAGUGUAAGCUAAACCACGUGUAAACGCAUUCCGCUACUGUUCUGUGUAGCUCAGUCGCCGCUCAGCUGGUAUUAAAAGUUAUUUCAGAUAAAGUUUGGAUGUGAAAGGAGUACGCUGUGGGGAAGACAUUAAGGCAGACCGAAUACAUACUAACACUCACAGAGCAUUCGUAGCAUAUUGGCGUGUCUUGCGCUCAGAGGAAUAGUGCCUCGAGAUUCGAAGGCACACUUUUUGUCCACGGACUAAGACCUCUGUGAGGAUUUGCCUUGCCGGAUCGGAUCAGUGAAGGAAGACAGUUUUUCGGAAACAUUGGAUUGACAAGAUCGCGUGUUAUUGUGUGACCAAAUAUAUUGUGAUUUAUUUUUUUACAUUCCCCAAAAGACUGAACCAGAACUUAUCUAGACGACUAGACAUCAUCACGUAGAAAUAAUUCUCAUAAAUUGUUUGUUGCAAUUCACAGUUGGCUUCAAUUCAUCAUUAGGAAACCUGCAUAUAGUGUAGUCUUUAAGAGGCCACUCGGUAGUUGGAGCUCAGAUUACCCAACCUCACUUCCUACUAGACCAAUUAACUUAAAUAUGGAGUAGAAACCAAUUUGUGUUAAAUGAUAAGCAUUUAUUUAUCUUUAUUUUUAUGUGUUAUAUAGCAGAUUUGUGAUAUUCGAUUUCCGAAAAUGCUUAUUUUUGGAAAUAAAAAUGUGUUGUUAAGUUUGUGUAUAUUUGGGUUUGGUAUUAUUUUAUUUUCGGACGGAGCUAGGAGAAGAACCAAUCGACAUAGAUCUCUUCAAAGCGACGAACCAAGAGGUCCAAAUGUUUGCGGUCAAAGAUUUCGUCGGUUUUGUUGUGCUGGAUGGAUGAGACCUAAACGAGGGCGACACUGCAAUAUACCUAAAUGUACCGGUGGCUGUAAUGGAGGACGAUGUAUGAAACCCAAUCUAUGUUUUUGUCCCAAUCGACAACUUGGCCGCACCUGCAAUACUCAAGAAUCCAAGGCCGUGUGUCGUCAGGGUUGUGAAAAUGGCGGAAGAUGUGUGGGACCUGAUCGAUGUGCCUGUCCUUAUGGAUUUGCAGGUCAAAGGUGUGAACAAGAUUAUCGCACGGGACCAUGUUUCACACAGAUCUCCGACAAUAUGUGUCGAGGCCAGUUAACUGGUGUCGUGUGUACCAAGAUCCUCUGCUGUUCAACGAUUGGUAUGGCGUGGGGACAGCCUUGUGAACAAUGUCCAGCUCAACGUCACCCGUGUAGACGGGGCUACAUUCCAAACCCUGAAACCAACACAUGUCAAGAUGUAAAUGAGUGUAAGGCUAUACCAGGAUUAUGUGUGGGCGGUAACUGUGUGAACACGCUAGGAUCUUAUAGAUGUGGAUGUAAAGAAGGACAAAUUCAAAACCCAAUAACACAAGUCUGUGAAGAUAUAAAUGAAUGUAAAGCUAACCCGUCUAUAUGCGGUGUUGGACAAUGUACCAAUACAGAAGGGAGUUAUUUCUGUACUUGUCCACCGGGAUAUGAGGCUUCACCUGAUCGAUCAAGAUGCACAAGUAUUCAGCAAGGCUUUUGUUAUACCAAUGUAGUAAACCUGAAUUGCCAGAACAGGAUAGCUGAAAGAACAUCAUUAAAAGAUUGUUGUUGUUCUAUUGGUAAAGGUUGGGGACAAGGUGAAGAAUUCUGUCAGCCAUGUCCAUUACCAGGCCAAGAUGCUUACAAGAGAAUAUGCGAAAGUACAGAACCCCUAACCCGACCAGUUGACGAAUGUGCCAUGUUUGAUAAAUUAUGUCAAAAUGGCCGAUGUGUGGAUACUGCUGACUCGUUUCGUUGUGAAUGUAAUCGGGGUUUCAGACAUCAAGCAGGCAACUGUAUAGAUGAAGAUGAAUGUUUAAGACCGAGGGUAUGUGGUAAUGGCCGAUGUGUUAAUACACCUGGAAGUUAUACCUGUGAAUGUGAAGCUGGUUUUGUUCUUUCACCUAAUGGCUACUGUACAGAUAUGAAUGAAUGUGCUACUGAAGGAAUGUGUCCGAAUGGUAUCUGUGUCAACAUGGAUGGAUCGUAUAAAUGUCAAUGUAAAGAAGGAUAUAAACAAUCCAACAAUAGACAGGUCUGUUAUGAUAUAAAUGAAUGUACAGAGAAUGGACGACUGUGUAUUAAUGGUCAAUGUAGAAAUACAGAAGGAAGUUAUUAUUGUCAAUGUAAUGCUGGAUAUAAAUUAUCUCCUGAUGGCGCUUUCUGUUCAGAUUACGAUGAAUGUAGAAGAACAGGGAUGUGUACUAAUGGCAUGUGUAUCAACAUGGAUGGUAGUUUUAAAUGUAUCUGUAAAGUAGGGUUUAUAUUGGCCCCAGGAGGUGAAGUCUGUAUAGAUAUAAAUGAAUGUGUGGUAAAUCCUGAAAGCUGUGUUAAUGGACAAUGUAUAAAUAAUCAGGGAAGUUUUAGAUGUGAAUGUACUGGUGGAAUGACUCUUGGUCCAGAUGGAAGAACUUGUCGAGAUACGAAGAGAGAUUUAUGUUUUCCUGAGGUACGAAAUGGUCGCUGUGUUAAUCCUCUUGAUCAGCUGGUCACCAAAUCUAUUUGUUGUUGUAGUAUGGUGAGUCCUGGUGUUGCUUGGGGAACAGGAUGUGAAAGAUGUCCAGCUAUGACUGAUCCAGCCUUUAAAGCCUUGUGUCGUAACGGACAUGGGAUGGACCACGAUGGAGCAGAUAUCAACGAAUGUCGAAUGUUUCCCAAUAUCUGUGAAAAUGGUGUUUGUGAGAAUAUAAUGAAAGAUUAUAGAUGUAUUUGUAAUCCUGGAUACCAGGUUGAUAGAUCGGGAAAACGCUGCAAUGAUAUUAACGAGUGUUCUAGGGAUCGUAAUUUAUGUGAUGGUGGUCAAUGUCGGAAUACACCAGGCAGUUAUCAAUGUAUCUGUCCACAAGGACUAACAUUUGAUGCUAUAUCUAGAAUGUGUGUGGAUACGAAUGAAUGUAGAGAAAGUCCUUGUAUCAACGGACAAUGUAUAAAUCUAGCUGGUAGUUUUAAAUGUAAAUGUAUCUCACCUGGUACAGUAUUAGAUCCAACAGGCCUCAUCUGUCUAGAUAAUAAACGAGGAGCAUGUUGGUUAACUAUUAAAAAUGGAGUUUGUGAAGGUUCUAUCGAUUCUAUGUUAUUACAAGCUGAAUGUUGUGGUAGUAUCGGUAAAGCCUGGGGUAGUCCGUGUCAACCAUGUCCUAUACAAUCGGAACUGCAGUGUCCUAAAGGGUUUGCAAACCGAUUGGGUGUCAAUUGUGUCGAUAUCAAUGAAUGUGAGGUGUUUCAAGAUAUAUGUAAAGGUGGUGGUCAGUGUGUAAAUCUAGAAGGCUCAUUUAAAUGUACUUGUCCAUUUGGUUUAACAUUAGACCCAACAGGAUUACGAUGUGUUGAUAUGAGAGUAGGAGUUUGUUAUCAGGAUUAUAAUAGAGGAUUCUGUAUGAGACCAGUAACAGGUGCUUAUUUACGUGGUCAGUGUUGUUGCAGUAUUGGUACAGCAUGGGGUCAACCUUGUCAACCAUGUCCAACUCGUGGAACAGAGGCGUUUGAACAGCUGUGUGUGGACAACCCAAAUUUCGAGAUUGGAGAUAUAAAUGAGUGUCAAUUAUUUCCUGAUAUUUGUCAGAAUGGUAGAUGUAGAAAUACACAAGGUAGUUUUACCUGUACCUGCGAACCAGGAUUCGCUAAAGAUGAUAUGGGAACCAAUUGUACAGAUAUUGAUGAAUGUCGUAUUUCAUUAACUGCUGUGUGUAAUAAUGGACAAUGUGAAAAUACAUUAGGGGGAUUUAGAUGUAUUUGUGAUGCUGGUUAUGAAGGCGUUAUGAUGGACACCAUGUGUAUGGAUAUCAAUGAAUGUGAAAGUGAUGGACCAAUGUGUCGUGGUGGGGUAUGCGUUAAUACACCGGGUAGCUAUAGAUGUGAUUGUCCAGACGGUCAUGAGUUAGGCCUUGAUGGGCUGUCAUGUAAAGAUGUUGAUGAAUGUGGAACAGACAGUAGUAUAUGUUCUAAUGGUCAUUGUGAAAACUUUAUGGGCGGAUAUCAAUGUAUAUGUGGACAGGGUUAUCAACCAAAUUCUUUAAAAACUUCCUGUAUAGAUACAGAUGAAUGUCGAGAUAGAAAUGGCGGUUGUGCGGCUGAAUGUGUUAAUACACCAGGAAGUUUUUCAUGUGGCUGUGAAGCUGGAUAUAAUCUCAUGAUAGAUGGCAGGACUUGUGUUGAUGUUGAUGAGUGUACGGAGCGUGAUACCUGUAAAGGUGGUAGAUGUAUUAAUGAACCAGGUGGAUACAGGUGUUCAUGUGAUGGCGGACUUACAACCUCACCUGACCAAAGGCAAUGUUUAGAUAUUGACGAAUGUUUCUUGAAUAGGAAUCUAUGUUUAAGUGGAUAUUGUCAGAAUACACAUGGGUCUUUUAUAUGUAAAUGUGAAAAUGGGUAUGCUGUAGAUGGAGAAGACAGUAAUGCCGGUUGUACAGAUAUGGAUGAAUGCGAAUCUGGAGAAGCAGCUUGUGAUGACAGUGCUAGAUGUAUUAACACAAGGGGUUCUUAUAAAUGUGACUGUUUACCAGGAUUUACUGGAGAUGGUUUUACAUGUAGAGAUAUCAAUGAAUGUGUACGAGAUAAUGGUGGCUGUGCUAGAGAUGCUGCUUGUGUUAAUGUACCUGGAAGCUUUAGAUGUGUCUGUGAUGAUGGCUUCAGUGGAGAUGGUUUUGAAUGCAGAGAUGUGGAUGAAUGUAGUAUUAAUCCCAAUCUAUGUGAGAAUGGCCAGUGUUUAAAUCUUCCAGGAUUAUUUAGAUGUGAAUGUGAUAUGGGUUUUGCACCAACCGAAGAUGAAAGAGCCUGUGUUGAUAUAAAUGAAUGUGACAUGUUCCACAAUCUCUGUGUUAAUGGCCGAUGUGAGAAUGUAUUUGGAAUGUUUAGAUGUAUCUGUAACCAAGGUUACCAGUUAGAUCAAACAGGCGGAAACUGUACAGAUAUAGAUGAAUGUUUAAACCCUGAUAAUUGUCAGUAUGGUACGUGUGUUAACAGACAGGGGAGUUAUGUUUGUCAGUGUUUGUCCAAUUAUGAACUCAAUCCAACUGGUACUGGCUGUGUUGACAAGCGGGUUGGUACCUGUUAUAUGACGCCGCCAUUUUCUACACGUGGUAGACUAGGUGUAUGUCGAGAUGAGAUAACACGAGGUGUUGCUAGGGCGACAUGUUGUUGCUCUGUAGGAAGAGGAUGGGGUGAUGUUCCUGGUUUCUGUGAGGACUGCCCUACAAACGGAACAAGUGAAUACAACGCUCUAUGUCCAGGUGGCCCCGGCUUCAGACCAAACACACUAACUCUAGUACUAGAAGAUAUCAAUGAAUGCCAGGAAAUAGAUAACUUAUGUAAUGGCGGGGAAUGUCAGAAUAUGUUUGGAAGUUAUCUGUGUGUUUGUCCUCCUGGAUUUCACCUCGAUGGAACCAUGCAUAAAUGUAUUGAUAUUGACGAAUGUGAAGUAGAUGCAGGUAUAUGUGGAUUAGGCACCUGUAUAAACAGAGAAGGCAAUUAUACCUGCCUCUGUCCAGAAGGUUAUAUGCCUAUGAAUGGCGGCAGAGAUUGUAUGGAUAUGAGAAAAGAAAGUUGUUUUUUGGAAUAUUUGAAUACGACAAGAAGACCAUUCCGAUCUAUCUGCGAGAAUCCUGUAUCUAGCAAUCUGACUAAAAGACAAUGUUGUUGUACUGUUGGCGCUGCCUGGGGUGUCAAUUGUGAAACGUGUCCCAGAGAAAGAUCAUUACAAUACAAAGUUUUAUGUGAAAGUGGCGCACCAGAUAUAAGAGGUGAUGUAAAUGAAUGUGAAUUAAUGCCGAACUUGUGUCAGAAUGGACGAUGUAUUAACACAAUUGGAAGCUUUAGAUGUGAAUGUUAUAGAGGUUUUAAUUAUAACCCGGAUCUACAUAUCUGUGAAGAUGAGAAUGAAUGUCGACGUCAGUUACCACCCUGUAUGGGUAAUGCAAUAUGUACCAAUACACCGGGUAGUUAUGAAUGUACCUGUCCACCCGGUUAUAAACUUAGAUCGGAUCGACGACGAUGUGAAGACAUUAAUGAAUGUCAAGAAGUAGCCGGUGUUUGUACUAAUGGCAACUGUCUCAAUGUGGUUGGAAGUUUUAGUUGUAUCUGUAGAGACGGCUUUAGACUCUCUGCAAGAAGAGAUUCAUGUAUCGAUAUCAAUGAAUGUACAUCACGACCUGGUAUGUGUAGAAAUGGAACAUGCAGAAACAAGAUGGGGGACUACAUGUGUUUGUGUGAUCCUGGUUUUGAAAGGUCACCACGUGGGGAGUGUGUCGAUGUUGACGAGUGUAGAAGUAUGAUUGGUAUUUGUAUGAACGGUCGAUGUAUUAAUAAACUAGGUUCAUUCCGAUGUCAGUGUCAAGAAGGCUACACCCAAUCUAAUGAUGGACUCAACUGUAUAGAUAUUGAUGAAUGUUCUGAAAGACGAGGUGUCUGUCGCCAUGGUACCUGUCAGAACUCCGAGGGAAGUUUCUUCUGUACGUGUUUUGACGGUUACAGGUUAGACAGAUCACGUGAUCGAUGUAUCGAUGUGGAUGAAUGUCGAGCUAUACCAGAAUUAUGUUUCAAUGGACGAUGUCAGAAUACAGCUGGUAGUUUUAGAUGUGUUUGUCCACCAGGGUUUACACUCACCAGUGAUGGCAGAGAAUGUAGAGAUAUGCGUAAAGGGCAAUGUUUCCGUCAGUUUUUAAAUGGUCGAUGUUCUGCUCCACGUCCUAUGAAUACCACCAGAGCUCAGUGUUGUUGUACUAAAGGUGAAGCAUGGGGUGGAUAUACAUGUGAGGUCUGUCCAUCACAAGGAGAUGCCGGAUUCCGACAUCUGUGUCCAGAAGGUUACGGCUACGUCAAAUUGAUGCCAGAAGAAAUAAUGACAGACGUGAACGAGUGUUUGAUGCAUCCUGGUAUAUGUGAAGAAGGUGCGUGUAUUAAUACUGAUGGAUCGUUCCGGUGUGAAUGUCGACCAGGCUAUACCUUGGAUGCUAGCGGAACCAGAUGUGUUGAUGCUAAUGAAUGUCGAGAUAGAUCUGUGUGUGGAAAUGGCACGUGUACCAAUAUGUUAGGUGGUUUUGAGUGUUCGUGUAUGGAUGGGUUUGCACCAGGCUCAAGUGGAAGAUGCGAAGAUUUGAAUGAGUGUGUGACGUCAGCUAACCAAUGUGCCUUCCGGUGUGUAAACAUUCCUGGAUCGUUUAGAUGUGUCUGUCCAAUGGGAUAUAAAGUGGCUGAAGACAACAUCCACUGUGAAGAUAUCGACGAAUGUACCACACGGAGAAAUAGAUGUAAAUACGCCUGUAAGAAUAUUAUAGGGUCCUUUCUGUGCGUAUGUCCUGAAGGCUACAGAUCUAUUGGACAAGAUGAAUGUCAAGAUAUCGAUGAAUGCCGUACUCAGCCCGGUGUAUGUGCUAAUGGUGUUUGUAGAAACACACAGGGUGGUUAUAGAUGUAUCUGUAAUAGAGGAUAUGAUUCCAGUCCAGAUGGAAAACGAUGUUUUGAUGGUCGAUCGGGUUAUUGCUAUCCUAUGUUGAAUAAUGGACGAUGUCAAAGAACAAGAACGUCGCAGAUUGCAACAAAAUCAGAGUGCUGUUGUGGUCUAGCUACAGCCUGGGGACCAGGAUGUGAACGAUGUCCUAGACCUGGAACAGCUCAGUUUAAAGUGUUGUGUCCGCAGGGGCCAGGUUAUAAGCCUGAUGGAACAGAUAUUGAUGAAUGUAUUGGAAUGCCAGAUGCCUGUAGAAAUGGAAGAUGUUUUAAUACAAUGGGUUCAUAUAGAUGUGUUUGUAAUCCAGGAUUUAAAACUGAUUCCAGUGGUAAACUAUGUAUAGAUAUUGAUGAAUGUGGUGUAACACCACCUAUAUGUGGUGUUGGAGAUGUGUGA